GUAUAAACCUGCAGUGGAAAUCCGUGACAGCCAAUGGAGCGAAAUAACCGAUUUACCCUUCAUAUUGCGAUUUUGUCUCUUGCGCUCAUCCUCGUCGAUUUAUCGACAACGGUUGAGUGCUUGAAGAAGUCCUCACGGAAGAGAAAUCCGGAUGAACCCGGGGAUUUCCAUCUUGCUGGAGGUCAAGCGAGAAGGGAGCUAGAUGCAGUUAACAGUACAAUGGCAUGUGCCUUGUCCUUGGCAGGAAGACGUCUCGAGGUUUGCGAAUUGGCCUGGAAGAUCAAUCAGCUCCAGGACAUGCUGCCCCACCUCCAGAGUCUCAUCGCCAACAGAUUGGGCAGAAGAAAUUUCAGUUUCACGAUUUACAUCAACAGACCAUCAUCAACGAUUCAGCUGUUGGACGAGGUGGGUCGUGCUCUUCUGAAAUCCAUCGGCAGAUUCAUUCAGUUCUUGGGUUACGUGGAGAAAUUAUUCGAAGCGACUGUUGGGGGGAGUCAAGUUCUCCAGGAGCCAGGAUCACGAAGAGGUCUGUACAGAAGUGCAAUGGAAGCUGCUGGUUUCUCCAAAGAGAUCGCAGACAUCGACGCUGUCAACGAGGACGAAGUGCAACGUCUGAUUCAGAGGGCUUGGUCUAGAAAGUGCAUCCUGGAGCUGCUGAAGUCUGAUAAGAAUCUUUGUGAUGUAAUCAACAGAAUCACCGCUCUGGAUGGUCUUCUUCAGGGUCAGUCUGUGAAUGUUAACAGCAAAGAGUUACAGCUGGUGCCUAUCAAGCUCUAUUCCGAGAGCUUGAAUUUGAUAGACUUCCUUGACGCCAUCCACAGCGGUCUCGUCCUGGCGAUGACUAAUGUCCACACUAAAGCACCUGGAGUUCUCCAAAAAUCCGGCAGUUCUGAUUCAAUCCCGAAGGAAUGGAAGUCACUCAACGCGCAGGAUCAUGAGGUCAAAGAAGUCUUUCAGACUCCGGAGUUCAAAGUCGAGCUUAUCCAACCGCAAUCGAAGAACAAUCAUGAUAAAAAGGAGGAAAUUGCUAAUUCAAGACGACAGAUGCAGCCGAAAAUGCUCAAAGAUGAAGAAGAAUCCACUGAAGAGAGAAAAGACCAGUCCGUUUCAUCAUCUGAAGAUGACUCUUACGAAGAGGAAGACACCGAUGAAGAAUCAACGAAUGACGAAGAAUAUGAAUAUAUUUGGAAUAAUUUCCGAACCUCCGAAGAAGUCAAGACAUCGGCCUCUACCCAGACGAAGGGCCACGCGAAUCCGAAAAAAUCCAACAAGUAUUCCGUUCCUCGACAUUAAUAAAAACAUCGAGCGAUCGAUAAA